UUGUAUAUUUCUUUCAUUCCUGAGUAAUUAUUCCGGCUAUUUUGCAGAAAAUCACCGAAAUUUGGACAACAAUGAUAAUUGUUUGAUGCAGAUAUGUGAUAGAUGAUUACAUAUACAACAUUUGUUUCAUUUGGCUGUGAAUGUCCCCACCAACUCCUGCCUCCAACUCAUGUGAUGUGAGCUAUGAGAUGCAUUGGACCAGAUUCACGAUGGGGUUUGGCACGGAACUGCAGCGUAAGGAAUCUCAUGAGGCUCUGUUGAAGCUGCAAGAUGCAGAGAUUCGUCUCUUGGAGAACAUGAAACAAUGUCUGAACCUACGAAUCAAGAGUGACCGAGACUACGCCAAGGCUUUGACCAAUGUCUGUAAUUGUGCACAGAAGUUUGAGAACUCAGAUUUCAAUUCACCUAUAUUCCAGGGGACCACUUAUAAACCAGCAUGGAACCUUAUCAUCAAGGAGACUCAAAACUUGGCUUCGAUCUUCAAAUCACGGUCAGAUGACCUCGCUGCCAACACCAUGGAGAAGGUCACAUUCCUUAUCCAAGAGAAGAAGGGAGCACGCAAGAUUUAUAAUGAUGAACGGAAUCGGCUUGACUUUGAAAUAUACCGGCUUCAAGAGGAGAUGAAUCGUAACAAGAAUGAGUAUGAGAAGAUGAUGGACAGGUUACGUAUGGAUCAGGCGAGAUAUGAGGAGCUUUAUAGGAAAGGAAAACCUGGGAACAAAUUUGACGAAUCAAAAACUCGCUACUUGAAGACGACGUCGAAACUUCAUAAAAUUCAUAACGAAUACGUUAUCUCAGUGCGCGAUUUCAAAAUUCAACAAACAAACUUUCUCAAAACUAUUCUUCCAAAUCUGUUGGAGUUUCAUCAAAAAAUUCAGGAAACAUUAGUUAGACAAUGUAAGGAGAUACUAGGUGAAUACGUGCAUCUCACCGAUCUGACCCAGGAAGAUAUCGUGAAAUCUCAUAAAGAUAUGGCAGAGCAUGUGACAUCUGUCACACCAAGCAAAGAAUACUCAGAGUUUCUGGAAAAUCACCGGAGUGAUCCAAUAGAAGAAGAGCUGGUGACCUUUGAUGACCUCUUGCUCGAAGACUAUAAUGGUUGUUUAUGUCCCGAUGAGAUUGCACUCAAUGACCUCACAGUGGAACAAAUGAAGCAAUUACACACAUCCUACGAAGACAAGAUCCGGUCAUGUGAAACGAGGAUGGAGAACAAGGAGAGAGAUCUCCAGGAUGUCGAGGAAGAAAUUGCCAAACUGCCGUCAGAGCUGGAUGACGCACAGAAAGCAGAUUUGUUAGUGAAACAAAAGGCUGCUCUGAUCCUGAAGCGGGAAUUAGCCGAGCUCGAAUGUCACAAGGAGAAAUAUAAAGACUUGUACGAGUUUAUACACCAGCCUAUCGAAACACUUGGUGAGAAUAUCCCGCAGGGACUUGAUCUGGAUGACAUGCCGUCGGACGGGACAAAGGUAGCAAAUCAUAGAAUCAAAAAGUCGGAAACCAUCAGCCUUAACGACACUCAGGCGAGUGUCUCCACACUGCGCACAAAACUAAAGCUAAAGAACCCGUUCAGGAAGACGGUACCGACCACACCUACGCGGCUGCCGAGUAAGGAGGUGCUUGAGAAGAGAGAGUCAUACGAGAAUGGAGAGAAGGAGGUAGAGAAGGUGGAAGGUGCUACGGGAGAGAGUGUUCAGAGCUCGGGCAUUCAGAUCCAGAACUUGGAGGAUGAGGAAUGGUUCCAUGGCGUGCUACCGCGAGAAGAGGUUCAACGUCUCCUCAAGAAUAACGGUGACUUCUUGGUACGGGAGAGUCGUAACAGAAAGACUGGUGAGGCACAGUCUGUGCUCUCAGUGUUUUGGAACGGUCAUAAGCAUUUCAUCAUUCAAGGAGGAGCGAACAACUGGCGGUUUGAGGGACCAUCCUUCCCGACGGUUCAAGAACUCAUCGACCACCAGCUGAAGUCAGACCUGCCCGUUACCGUACGGUCGCAGGCAAUAUUAAAACGUGCGAUUGUGAGGAGUGACUGGCAGUUAAAGAAUGAUGAAGUGAUUCUCGGGCCAAAGAUUGGAAACGGUAACUUUGGAGAUGUUUGUCGAGGGACAUUCAAGGGUACAGAGGUUGCCGUGAAAACGUGCAAGGAGGUCCUUGAUGAGGAUAUGAGGAAGAAGUUCCUGAAGGAAGGCCAGAUCCUGAAGCAGUAUGACCACCCGAAUAUCGUCAAGCUGAUUGGGAUAGCGGCACAGAGGCAGCCAAUCAUGAUCGUGAUGGAAUAUGUGCCUGGUGGUUCUUUGCUGAACUUCCUCAAGCAGCAGGGGAUGAAGCAAUCUGCCAAACAGCUCAUCCAGAUGUGUAUUGAUGCCGCCGCUGGCAUGGCUUAUCUCGAGUCGAGGAAUUGUAUUCACAGGGAUUUAGCUGCUCGCAACUGCCUUGUAGGAAUUGAAAAUGUUGUCAAAAUAGCGGACUUUGGGAUGUCACGAGAGGAAGAGAUUUAUAUCGUGUCUGACGGCCUCAAGCAGAUUCCCAUCAAGUGGACAGCACCUGAGGCCCUGGAGUAUGCUAAAUACACGUCUAAGUGUGACGUGUGGAGUUAUGGCAUCUUGAUGUGGGAAGUGUUCUCUCUUGGGGACACCCCGUAUAGGGGAAUGACUAACGCACAAGCCAAACUACAAGUCCUCAAUGGUUACCGGAUGCCUCUCCCUGCUGGAUGCCCGGCUGAUGCGUACGCCCUCAUGCUGAGAUGCUGGGACAUCAAACCGGAAAAACGGCCGCAUUUUGAAGAAAUUCACACAGAACUGAAGUCUAUACAUCGUCGGUCAUGAUGUAGCCAGCCCUGUUAGUUCUUAUAUCAUCUACCAGAGGGCAGAAGUGUACACACUGAAGUCAAGAGGUCCCUGAGCCAAAUGUUACAGGGUAAAGGAUGUACCAGACAUCAUGGACUGAGGACCAGUACUUAGACAGGAUUCCUGAUUGUUACAUUUUGAAUCAAGUCAUGAUGAUGCUGCUAUGUUCUGCUCUCCUUUUAAACAACAUGGGACAGUAUCCCAUUGUAGAAAGCUGCACUUUACUCCAAAAGGCCUAAAGUGGACCUGAUUCCGUGGCUUUUGCAUUGAACGUUUCCCUUCAACAUUGGGUAAUGAUGCCAGUGUUAGUUCUUCAUUCAUCCACUUGGUGUCAGUCUUGAUUCUGGGUGCAGGUUAUAGGUCAAGUCUGGUCCGAUGUGUUUCAGAUGUUCUCAGAAUGUCAGAAUUGUAUUGAAGAAGUUCUCAGUUGUUACGACCUGGUAUGGAGUAGUGUUUCAGUAAGAAGUUCUCAGUUGUUACGACCUGGUAUGGAGUCGUGUUUCAGUAAGAAGUUCUCAGUUGUUACGACCUGGUAUGGAGUCGUGUUUCAGUUGUUUAGUUUUCUCUAGUGCCAAUAGAUGGCAGGGAUCGUGUAAGCUGACAUGGUCAUGAUCAGUGUAGCUGAUUAUUGACAUCAGUGAACAAAUUGAAGAGAAAUUAUUGGCCUGUUGCUGCUACUUUUAGACUUUGGCGGCCUUUUUCUGCUUUUGCAGGGUCUUUUUUUCACACUCCAUCAAAUUUUAAACCAUUUCUUCUUACUUUUAAAAUAUUUUACAAUCUAUUCAGUGUCUCUGCCAACUACCAGAUCAUGGCCUGCUUUCAACUACCAGAUCAUGGCCUGCUUUCUGAUCAGUUUACUACCAGAUCAUGGCCUGCUUUCUGAUCAGUUUACUACCAGAUCAUGGCCUGCUUUCAACUACCAGAUCAUGGCCUGCUUUCUGAUCAGUUUACUACCAGAUCAUGGCCUGCUUUCAACUACCAGAUCAUGGCCUGCUUUCUGAUCAGUUUACUACCAGAUCAUGGCCUGCUUUCAACUACCAGAUCAUGGCCUGCUUUCUGAUCAGUUUACUACCAGAUCAUGGCCUGCUGGUUGAUCAGUUUACAAAUCUCUACUCUAUUUUGGAAAUUAGGUUGUGACAUCAGAAUUCAGAAGAAUAAACCUUUCAACCCUGAUUUUCAUGAAAGAACAAAACCAUUUUUAUUGAAACAUUUAUUUUUGCUACGCGUGACUCUAGCAUUUAAGUUGCUGUUCUGUCUAAGGCAUGUAGUACAUACUAGUCAUAAUUAUAGGAAAGUUCACUUUCUGAUGAUAGAUGUUGGGCUAAAAUAUGGGAGUGAAUUAGUACAGUGUGUCCUUAAAUAGGGCCUACUUAGUGCGGUGUUAUUCAUCAAAAUCAUAAUACUUGGAAAAAUCAUGCUAUCAAAUUUACAAAAUGAUGUAUGGUAGAGUUCUUAGUUAAAAAACCUUGAGACUUUGAUGAGUGAAGGGUUAAGGUGGAGAGGCCCACCACUGACACCAUUCAAAAUACAACCAUUCUUGCCAAGCAAUACGUUGGUGGCAUUUUGUGUCUCUCUGAUAUUCGGUAACUUCCUCACUUCCCAUAUUUUAGCUGAACCCUUCUAAUCAAAGGUAGUUCUGUAUUGUAAAAAGUAGUGUACAUUUGCAUAUACUGUAGUACAGUAAUCAAUGAUAAUGUAUGUUUUAAUUUUCACAUGUAUUGCAUGCAUUUUGAUCAUAGAUCGCUUUGUUGUACUGUUGCCAGGGAAACGCUUUUAAAUUAUGGUGGUUGCUGAAGGAACCACCGAUCAAAGAUCGAUGAUUUUGCAGGAAGAAAUGUUUCCAGAUGCUACAUUAUUGUCUUGAUGUAGUAAUAAAUUUAUAAGGUAUAUGUAGUUAAGGUAACAGUUGUCAUGGCAACUACUGUUGACUGUCAUGGUUUCACUCAUGAAUUGUUACUAAGGUCAACAUUGUCAUAGUAACGAUAUUUUCUAUCGUCAUGGUAACCAAAUUUUGGUUACUGUGGUUACUCUUUUUUGUCAGUGGUUACUGAGGUCAAUGUUAGUGAAUGAGAGGACAAGUUGCAAUAUUUCAUAAAUAUGUUGAGUGCUAUCACCAGUUUCUAUGGCAACAGAAAAUGUAAGUAACAAGUCAUCAUUGUCAUGAAAGGUGUCAUAAUAUCAAAACGGAAGUGUGUUCAGUUUUACAAAAUCCAUUGAUUUCCAUUUAUGGGUUUUAAAGGUUUUGGUGUGCACCGAGACGGGGAGAGGUUAUUAUUGGUUGAUGUGGAGCACCUAAUCCUUGAGGGAUCCACAGACUGUCUGCGCUCUGACAUCUGAUCAAAUGGUUCAUUCUAUUCAUAGAUAUCACCACUGAGACCAUGGACAUUUGAAGAAAAAUAUUCUGUAUGUUGAUAUAAGGGGCCUCUGAGUAUUUGCCCUGUGUAUAGAUAAAUGAUGUUUUGAAAGAGAAAAAUUACAGGGUGAGCCAAAGAUGAGCACUGUAUUCCACCUGAGCCAAAUCUUCCUGCUUAUCUGUGUCUAUAUAGUUUGAGGCUAAGGUCAUCCUGCUGCGGGUAGGAACAACCAAACUGGCACUUUAUUGGCACACCCUGAACAUUUUGUAUUGUGAGUGGUAGCGGUUUGCUACUUGAUUUAGUUCCUGAAUAACCCAUAGAUGGUGUACCAGUAUAGAAUGUUGUGGCAGUGUUCUGUACAGUGCUUUACUCGAUGAUAUCGUAGCGAAUAGCUGGUUUUAUUUGACUCUCAGAAAGAAAGAAAGAAAGACAAUUUUAUACUUCAACAUAAAAGUUGUGGGGUCCAGUUUUCCAACAGUCGUUGUAUUGUGACCAAAAUUCAUGAAGCACGUCCUCGACCUUGACUGUGUGGCGAGCAUGACAGUUAACCAAUACAGAGCAAGUUGUCAGGAGUUGUGGGGUGUUGUGGAUCCGGUCUCUGACUGGCGGUCAAGAGGUUGUCGGGAGUUGUGGGGUGUUGUGGAUCCGGUGUCUGACUGGCGGUCAAGAGGUUGUCGGGAGUUUGUGGGGUGUUGUGGAUCCGGUCUCCGACUGGCAGUCAAGAGGUUGUCAGGAGUUGUGGGGUGUUGUGGAUCCGGUCUCUGACUGGCGGUCAAGAGGUUGUCGGGAGUUGUGGGGUGUUGUGGAUCGGGUCUCUGACUGGCGGUCAAGAGGUUGUCAGGAGUUGUGGGGUAUUGUGGAUCCGGUCUCUGACUGGCGGUCAAGAGGUCCAUGGUUUGAUUCCCAGUAUCCUCGUGAGACUCUAAGCAGGCCUCACAGGCCUAUAACUCGGGUGCCAGUCAGAAUGUUUGAGUUGUAGUAUGAAUUGAGCAGCUCAUCUGAGGUGUACGAAAAGGUUUCAGGAGAGGACGGGGUUAAAGGGUAGUAAAGUCUAAUGCCUAAUGAACAGUCUGGAACCUGUCUGCUUUACGUCUAAAAUUCGAAUUUCAUAUCCUAAAAGUUGCUUAACUUAUUUAACUCGCUUGAAGAAGUAUGAUUUUUACUAAUGUCAUGGCAACAGCACUUCUGUUUCAUAGUUAUAUUCUGACCUUGAACUUUGUCAUGUAACCUCGACCUUGUAAUGUCUGUUGGUGUUGAUAUAGGAAAGUACUCUUUGUCACAAUAUAUGUUGGUUGUCGCCAUAGUAACGCAUUUGUUACUGUUGGUUAAUACUAUGCAUGCCCUUACAUUCUCCUGGUCAGCUUGAUCUUAACGGCCAACACUGUUUUUCAAAAAAUUUUAAAAAUGAAUUUGAAUUUGAAAGUCUUCAGUUGUGUAAAUACAAAAUGAAUAUAAAUUUCAACGACUGAAUAUAAAAAUGCUAUAAAUGCAAAGUUCAGUGACUUUUCUUGCAUAAUAAUUCAUGUUUUCUUUGGCCAUAAGUAAAUACACUAGUGAAAGCCUUUAACCCUCGCAGUUCAGAGAUGUUUCCAUUUUAGUAACCAUGGAAACUGAAGAAUUAAGCCUGUCAAACUCACAUGGAUUCGCUUUUUAAAGUUUCUCAAGAUUAUCGAAAUGCUUCUCAAGAUCACGCCCACCUCAGAAUAACCUGCUGCUGCUGCUCUGGUGAUGUCCCUCGUUGAACUGUUGACAACUAUGAAGAAAGUAACUGUUCCCUAGCAACAGCUGAAGUUUAUCACAACAUUAUUAAAAAGUUGAAUUUGACUAACUUAAAGAAAAGUUAUUGUGAUCGAAUAUUGCAUGUGUAGUAUUGUUGCCAUGGCAAUUCACUUUUUAAGUCUCUCUUUGAUUCUUGUAAAACUAGCUUGUUUUAUAAAGGAAUAAAUGUGACCCUUUUUCA